CAUUACAGUUUGAGUUCUUGUGCUGUGUGGAUAUAUUCCAUUCCAUUGCGACACAAACAAAACACCGCUAAAAAAAACACCAAGCAAACUUCGUCUAAACAAAAGACACAAAACCGCAAAGACUUAAUUUAUAUUUAUUUAAUUUUAAAACAAACAGACCAAAUCUUACAAAAUGUGUGACGAAGAAGUUGCUGCAUUGGUUGUCGACAAUGGCUCCGGCAUGUGCAAGGCUGGCUUCGCUGGCGAUGAUGCGCCCCGCGCCGUCUUCCCAUCGAUUGUGGGCCGUCCACGUCAUCAGGGCGUGAUGGUCGGCAUGGGCCAAAAGGACUCGUAUGUCGGUGAUGAGGCACAAAGCAAACGUGGUAUCCUCACCCUGAAGUACCCCAUUGAGCACGGUAUCGUGACCAACUGGGAUGAUAUGGAGAAGAUCUGGCAUCACACCUUCUACAAUGAGUUGCGUGUGGCACCCGAGGAGCACCCCGUCCUGCUCACCGAGGCCCCCUUGAACCCCAAGGCCAAUCGCGAGAAGAUGACACAGAUCAUGUUUGAAACUUUCAACACACCCGCCAUGUAUGUGGCCAUCCAGGCUGUGCUCUCGCUGUACGCCUCCGGUCGUACCACCGGUAUUGUGUUGGACUCUGGUGAUGGUGUCUCCCACACUGUGCCCAUCUAUGAGGGUUAUGCACUGCCCCAUGCCAUUCUGCGUCUGGAUUUGGCCGGUCGUGAUCUCACCGAUUACCUCAUGAAGAUCCUGACUGAGCGUGGCUACUCGUUCACCACCACCGCCGAGCGUGAAAUCGUGCGUGACAUCAAGGAGAAGUUGUGCUAUGUCGCUCUGGACUUCGAGCAGGAGAUGGCCACAGCUGCAUCCAGCUCAUCCCUGGAGAAAUCCUACGAAUUGCCCGAUGGUCAGGUCAUCACCAUUGGCAAUGAGCGUUUCCGUUGCCCAGAGGCCCUGUUCCAGCCCUCAUUCUUGGGUAUGGAAGCGUGCGGCAUCCACGAGACCACCUACAACUCGAUCAUGAAGUGCGACGUGGACAUCCGUAAGGAUCUGUAUGCCAACACAGUGCUGUCCGGUGGCACCACCAUGUACCCUGGUAUUGCCGAUCGCAUGCAGAAGGAGAUCACCGCCUUGGCUCCAUCGACCAUGAAGAUCAAGAUCAUUGCCCCACCAGAGCGUAAAUACUCUGUAUGGAUCGGUGGUUCCAUCUUGGCUUCCCUGUCCACCUUCCAGCAGAUGUGGAUCUCCAAGCAGGAAUACGAUGAGUCUGGCCCAUCCAUUGUCCACCGCAAGUGCUUCUAAGCGGGCAACAGUUGGUGGCCAAAACGGGAGCAAGAGGAGAAGUGGAGUGGCAACAAAAACAACAUCAACCAGAAGAGCUGCGCAAUGUUAUCACAUCAUCAAUGUCAUGUUGUGUUCUAGCAUUAAUUUAAUUUAUUUCACCACGAGAUAUAUGAUAUAAAAUGCAUAUUUUUUGGUUUUUUUUUUUUAAAUACCUUUUAAUAUAACAACUAAAUUGAAACCAACAACUAGAAGAACGUACAUCUAUAUAUAUAUAUUCUCAAUCUCUCUGCCGCCAUUCCACACGAACACAACACUCACACACACACAAACACAUCCAUGCAAACACUCCCGGGCAUGACAACAACAAAAAAAAGACAUCCAAAAAAUAUUCCCCAAAAAAGCAAAGAAAAGACAACACCAUCAAAUUGCAAAACAACAACAACACUAAGUUUUGUAAAAUUUCAAACGCAACCUUAUGUAUUAUUUUUUAAUUAUGAUGUAAUUAUAAACAACAAAAUGAAACAAAAAUAUGAUGAAAAAAAAACAAACUUAA